AUGAACUCUGAGUGGGAAGAAGCUUUUGACGAGGUCUCUGGCCGUGCCUAUUACUUAAAUCGAGUCACAGGAGAUACGUCAUGGACACUACCAGGGGAAGAUACCGCAGGAGCUGGAGCUUCGACCUCUGAGAAUGAAUGGCAGGAGAGUUUCGAUGAAGACUCUCAGAUCGUAUAUUACUACAAUAUCCACACUGGAGAAACCUCUUGGACGCUACCUGAAGACGAGAUGGACCUCUCCUACUUAACUUUCGCUGUAGUACGACUGCAGUCUAUGUUCCGCGGUAUUAGAGAUCGAAAGCGAGCUCGACGACUGGUAGCGUCACAGUAUCAAUGUACUAUUGACCCCGACACCGGAAAAAUACUAUUUACAAAUCUAGACACCAACACGUCGUCGUGGACUAAGCCGGCGCUGUUUGGUCCGCUUCAGAUUCCAGAUAACGGAGAAAUUGAAGAGGAGGAUGACGACGAAGAUGAGGACUUUGAAGAGUUCCUACUAGACGCUGCACAAGACGCUGAAGACGAAAAGUCCGCUGCAAUGAUAGCUGUGAAUGACGUUGAGACUGCACUGGAUGAAGCCACCAAGAAGAAGAUGCAGCGGAAGUAUCCUCGCUCGAAAGCUCAGCAAAUCGUCGAUACCGCUGAGGACGCAGAACAAGCUCCGAUACUGAAUAUGAGUGGCCUAGACGCAUGGAAACUGUCGUCGCGUAUCUGGAAUCUCCAGUAUCUAAAGAGUCUCGUGCUCUCCCGCAAUUGUCUGACUCGAAUUCCUUCCGGAAUCCAGGACUUGAUUCACCUCGAAGAGUUAGAUGUGAGUUUUAAUCAACUCACAAGACUCCCGUCGUGUCUACAGACCACAACGUCGUUGACUUCAAUCUGUGCGUCGCAUAAUUUAAUCCAGACUUUUUCUCCAAAAUUGUGGAAACUACGAGAGAUUCGCUAUCUCGAUCUCUCGUACAACCGACUCAAAGAGUUACCGUUCGUGGAAGGAGACUUGAAACUACUUCGAGAAACAGGAGAAUGGCAAGUCGGUGUUGGGCUUCUGGAGCAUCUACAAGUGCUGCGUUUAAGUAACAAUCAGCUUGUCGAAGUUCCCAAAUCGAUCGAAAAAUGUAGCCAUCUCACUCUACUGGACAUAUCCAACAACCAACUCUCUUCACUUAGUGACGAAAUCUCCGCAUUGACUUCUCUUCAUCGAAUGAUACUUCACCAUAACGCUCUACAUGAAUUACCGGAGGCAAUCGGCAAUCUAGAAAUGUUACAAGAGCUAGAUCUGGCUCACAACAGUCUGGUAACUUUACCCGAAAGCAUCGGAAUGUUGCGCAAUCUCAAGACUCUGACGCUCGUUUCGAACCAGUUGAGACUUCUACCGAAUGAAUUUGGGUCACUAAGUCAGCUGCGUCACCUCGAUCUCGACAACAACCCGAAACUUAUCACCCUCGAAGCCUUUUUCCGACAUCUUCCGAGCGUUGAGUUCCUCUCUGCGUCAUCGUGUGGCAUCGUCACCUUCGCGUCGUUGGAUUUCCUUAAGGACUCGCCAGUAGAAAAACUUCGACUCAAUCACAACGCACUGCAGGAAUUCCCGUUACUCAUCGGUCAUGCUGCCAUGCAAGACACACUCCAAGAGCUCGAUUUAUCGGACAGCCACCUCACUCAAGUUCCGUUAGCAGUGUUACUAUACUGCAGUCACUUGCAGUAUUUCGACCUCUCAAGCAAUUCACUACGAGUCCUACCAACUGAAAUCGGUCAUCUACGAAGACUAGAAGUCUUAAAUCUGAGCUCAAAUACACUUCAAGCACUUCCAGAUGAGCUCACACAACUCCCUCGACUACGACAGCUUAAAUGCGAUCAUAACCAACUCGGACAACUGCCUCUACGCUUGGGAAAUCUCGUGCAGCUGACCAAGUUGAAUGUAUCAUUCAAUCGCCUUCGCUCCAUGCCGACGUCUCUGAUGGAGAUGACACAGCUGCAGUCUCUGUAUGCUAGUGACAACUUGAUGGCUACACCGCCACCAGCACUGAACUGCUACUGUGAUUUUUCCAACAACAUAUUCACGACUCAGCAGCACCAACGGCAACAGAACCGUCGAGAUGGACUCGCUCUUGCGUUCAAAUACGUUGAUACUCAAGAGUUCAACCGAGCAGAAGAACUAUUGACCAAGUUGAUAAACGAAGUGGAGACACUUCCUUACGUCGAAAAGAAGCGUCAGAGCCCUCAGCUGCAUUUCAAACGCGGACUUUGUCGCUAUAUGCUGCUGAAAAAAGCAAAACAGGUGAUCGAAGACACUUCCGUUAUGAUAAGCAACUACGAGAAGGAAAUACAUGGAGUGGAGUUGAUGCAUACUCACCAACUUCGGGGUAAAGGGAAUUACAAGAAAACUCACGAGGGACAGCCGGAAUCUCCGAAUAAUAACGACGAAGACUCGGUUAGAAAAGCGUAUACUGAGACUGUAUACAGACGUACACAAGCACGUCAAGAUCAUGAAUUAUUCGCGAAUGGGGCGCUGACAGACCUGCACGAGGCAAUUAAAUCUAAGUGCCGUGAACUCACGACGGCAUUUCACCUCAAAGGCCUCGUUCACAUGGCGUUGCAUCAGUAUCCUGAUGCCAUUGACAACUUCACUAAAGCGCUAAAACAAGUCCACGCAUCACUCCCAGACCCCAACAUCACGGACAACCAGCAGGAAAUAAUUGAUGAAUUGGAGCCCAUAUCUACCAUCCCUGAAGCCAGUAUCCAGCUCUUCUUGCGUCGUGCUGAAGCAUAUCGCAGUCUUGGACAGCUACCAUCCGCCAUCGCAGACUUACACCACGUCCUUUCACACCAUCCAGUCCAGCAUGAUAGCGCAAGUAUUGUCAAGCUUAAACAGGAAUACGUCCAAGCAUGGGAAGCCGAACAAGCGGGUUGCAAAGUCGACGACGCUGCUCUUCUACGUGCCUUUGACGUCGAGACUCGAUCGGGUCUUGCUCGACGACCAGAAGUCUUUGACAUCCACGCUGAAGCACUCACAGCAGCUACAGCCAAGAAGAAAGCCGGGAAGCAUAAACCUAAGCGAACACCAGCAGCCGAACGAUUUAAACUUGACUGUGAAGCUCACACGGAGCUGCUGAUAGAGAAGCGGAAGCAAGCGCGAGCUCCAUUUGAAGAGAUCAGCAAACGCAGUCAAGUUUUCUUGGCCCGAGCACGAGAUUUUAAACGCGAGAUUCGAGCUAAUCUCCAGAUGGAGAUGGAGGAGAAUCGACAGCGCCAUAUCGAGCGAGAAAUCGCUCGUGACGCGGAGAGAAAACGACUCGAAGUACAGCGAGAAGUUGAAGAGCAGAUGUUCAUGAAGUUCGAAGACGAGUGGAUGCACUGGGUUGUGAGUGAGGAACUUCGACUUGAAAAUGAACUCAAACGUCGCGCAUAUGAAGCCCAACAACGCGCAGAUGAAGCUCAACGACGUGCAGACGCAAAAGUUGCAUAUGCCGCGAGACUGGCGAAACGCGGUGGUAAACGACAAUCGUCGGUGGGCCAACGCGGUAAAGGCAGCUCGAAACGUUAG